UUAUACAAUUUUAUACGGGACUAAACCUGCUAUCGGCUCGGCUGAAUACAAGCAGCACGGCGCAGUUAGGAAGGAAUUAUGACAAAGAACUUUGGUUAUUUGCUUGGUUUCGUCUUUAUCUGUUCCUCUCAAGCCUUUUUUAAAUGGGAAAACUGCGGUAAAUCCGACUCCAGCAAGCCCAAAUUACACAGCGUGCAUGGAUGCGAGGAUAAGGAUGAUGUCAACCUCCACUGCAAACAGGGCUACAAAAUAUCUAUAGUCAAGGCUUUCUUUGGUCACGGAAAAGGCCAAAAGUCGACUUGCGACACAAGCAUCGGCCAGAACUGCAUGUCACGGGAGGCAGCGAAGAAAAUCAAGUUCUUAUGCCAAGACAAGCAGACAUGCACAGUUAAACCUAGUUCCUCUGUGCUUGGAAGGACUUCUUGCAUAUUUGGCUUGUACGCAGAUCUGAUCAUAGACUACGUUUGCAACAAAGAGCACAUUGAGGACACGAUCGUCAUCAACUCACUGGAGCUAGCCCCAGACCCAGUCUCGAUGCCUGGAACAGUGAAUGUGUCUUUGUCAUUAACCGUCAAGCGCCACCUGCCCUCCUCCACCAAGCUCAGACUAGAUGUGCAGAAACAAAUUGGAAGUGCCUGGAUACCAAUACCAUGUGUUGCCAGCUAUGGGUCAUGUACAUAUGACAACUUCUGUAAUCUUCUGCGAGGGGUGAUGUUCAGCAAGUGUAACAAAACGAUGGAAGACACAGGGAUCCCAUGCGACUGUCCCAUACCGACUGGCACAUUUUCUGUCCCGACCCAGUCUCUCGUUAUAACUCAGGAAAUCGUUGAUAAAAUACCUGUGACUGGGUUGGUGGAGGGACGAUACUGGGUGAAAGCAGAGUUCCUUGAUGUUUAUGACCAGCAUAUAGGCUGCAUGAUCGUACAAGCCGAACUUGACAUCGCAAAAAAGAAGAGAAACAUCCGCAAGAGAUGGCAUGAUUGAUCGCGCGAUAUCGAUAUUGUGUAAUAGUUUAUUAAUCUACCAGUCAUGAAUUAAUAAAAAAUGUCAAAAACGUGA